AUGGCCGCUGACGCGCCAUCUCCCCGUCCCACUGCGGAGGAAGCCACCGCAUCCGCUGAGAACAGCGAAAUCCAGAAUGACGCGACCAAGAGCGCCGCUGUCGCCGACAAGUCAGAUGCUGCUGACGCGGUUGUCGCGGACGCUGAAGUAAGUGAAAAGGAGAAGGAAGGUGAGAAGGGAGCCAAGACGAAUGACGACACAACGAACGCGGCCGCCGACGAGGGCGAUAAAGCCGCCGGCGAGCCCUCAAAGAACGACAGUGAUGAAAAGGAUGAGAAGGAGAAUGCGGCGGCAACCGAACCCGAGGCUGAUACAGAGGAUGUUUCUGCUCUUGAUGGCUCGACGGAUGUCAAAAAAUCGAAGAAGAAGUCACCCGCCACAACGGCGAAAUCAACUCCCAAAUCUGCCGCGAAGAAAAAGUCCCUUGCCAACCUGAAGAACAACGGCACACCUGCAAAGGUGAAGAACGCUGAUGUUAACUACGAGCCUGGAAUGCAGGUUUUGGCCAAAAUGAGGACUUUCCCGCCAUGGCCCGCUGUCAUUCUUUCGGAGGAGCUUCUCCCGGAAGCCCUGCUCAAGACCAGGCCUAGCAACAAGCAUCCUCGGACAAAGGGAUCAUCUGCCGAGCCUGCGGAGAUCAAAAGGCAUUGGCCUGUUAUGUACAUGGGAACUAACGAGUAUUCGUGGAUGAACAUUGCCAACUUGGAUCCGCUCACUGCGGAGAUUCUUGCUACACCUCCAACAAACAUCAAGAGCAAGGGACUUUUAGAUGCCUACCAAGUUGCACAAGAAGGAUUUGGCCUAGAGCAGGUUAAGAAACUUCAGGCCAGCGAGGUUAUGGAUGUUGAUACAGCCGAGGAAGACGCAGCCGAGGAAGAUGCGGCCGAGGAAGAAGCAGAAUCAAUGGAAGUCGAUGAGCCAGAGUCAGAAGCGGACAAGAAAUCGAAGAAGGCGAAGAAGCGAAAGCUGUCAACAUCAGAUGAGGAUCCCGAGACUUCAGAGAAACCUGCCAAAACUCCUAAGAAGGCUGCUGCUAAGGCCAAAACGCCAAAAACUAAAGCUGCGAAAACGCCAAAGACUCCAAAAACCCCAGCUAAUGGCACGACGGCCAAAGCGGCAGCCAAGCCUAAGGCUAGCACAGCCAAAAAGGAAAAGGCUGCCCCAGCCCCCAAAAGCACCAAAAAGAAAACACCUGCAAGAAGCAGCAAGGCUAAGAGCGCGGAAAAAGUCGAUGAAUCAGAUUCUGAGCGGGAAGAGGCUUCUUCCGAAGUUACUAAGGAGGAGGAGAAAGACUCCGCUGAAUUCCAGAUGAAGCAGGUCAAGCAACUUCGAGGACGGCUGCAAAGGGGGUUUCUGACUAAGGAUACACCUCCAUUGGAAAAGGACAUGGCCGAUAUGGCUAGCAAAUUUGACCUCUUAGAGGACCUUCAGAAUAAAGGAAUCGACGCUGAAGUCAUCAAGUCGACCAAAAUCAACAAGGUUCUCAAAGGAAUCUUCAAAUUGCCCUCGGUUCCUCUGGAUGAUAAAUAUAACUUCAAGAAACGUUCCGCCGAUCUUCUCCAAAAGAUGAACGUCGUUCUCGCCGGCGCUGAUGGAGCCACGCCAGCCACCGAGAAGACCUUGGCUGUCGGCAAGGAGAAGGAUAUCAAAAAGGCUGCCGAAAAGAAGAACGGCGUCAAGGCCGACGAGGCCGACCAAAACAAGGAAGAGGAGAAGUCCGAGGAGAAAGCAGAGGACAAGAACGACGAGGAUCCAGCUACCAGCAAGAAAGAGGAUGUUGAAAUGAAGGACAGCGAUGACAAGGUUGCUGACGCUGAGAAGGAGGAGACAGCCAAGGAGGUACCGGAGAAAGAGGCCGUUGAGGCAUCAAACUAA